GUGCCUCAUUCAUUCAGCACAGACAGGAAGCUCAUGGAAAGGAAACUUUGAAGGAACUGAGUAAUCUCAGGUCAGGACUGUCAGAUCACAGGAUGGAGAGUCAAAGGGUCACGUGGCCGUAGGUGGACAUGCUGAAGCCAUCCAAAAAAAGUGAUAGGAAAUGAAGAUCUAGAAAUGAAAUCGUGAAGUCAGAGGGAUGACACACUCCCAGGCUCCGGACACACUUUGCCAAAUUGUACCCCCUUCCGACCCCCGACGGGGCACAGUGGCCAACACCAUCACCGGAAGCUGCCCCGUGCCCCUCUCCCCGCCAAACGUCCUUCUGUUCCUCUGCACCUCUUCCCCUCACCCUCCCUCUCGGGCUUGCCUGUCACCCUCUAUUUCCUCAACUUUCCUUUGGAGUGAAGCCUGUGGCCUAAGGAGAUCGUGGGAAGCUUUUCCGUGCCAUCUGGAUGUCAGCAUGGCAGCCACAAACCUGGAGAACCAGUUGCACAGUGCCCAGAAGAACCUCCUGUUCCUUCAGCGGGAGCACGCCAGCACCCUCAAGGGGCUGCACGCCGAGAUCAGGCGGCUGCAGCAACACUGCACAGAUUUAACAUAUGAGCUGACACUCAAAAGUUCGGACCAGACAGACCCCGGCCCUUGGCUUGUUCUUCUAGGAGAGGGGUCUUCCAGAAGCAGUGAACUAAAGAGAAGAUGUGAAGAACUGGAAGCCCAACUGAAGCUCCAGGAGAACGAGAACAAUGAGCUGCUCAGAGAGCUGGAGCAGAAGAACGCCAUGAUCGCGGUGCUGGAGAACACCGUCAAGGAGCGGGAGAAGAAGUACCUGGAGGAGCUGAAGGUGAAGAGCCACAAGCUGAACAUGCUGUCCAGCGAGCUCGAGCAGCGCGCCAGCACCAUCGCCUACCUGACCUCCCAGCUGCACGCCGCCAAGCGCAAGCUCGUGAGCGCCAGUGGGACCUCGGACGGCAGCCCCUCCGGGAGCCCCGUGCUGGCCAGCUACAAGCCGGCGCCCCCCAAGGACAAGCUGCCCGAAACGCCCCGCCGCCGGAUGAAAAAGAGCCUCUCGGCCCCCCUGCACCCCGAAUUUGAAGAGGUCUACAGAUUUGGGGCUGAGAGCCGGAAACUCCUCUUGCGGGAGCCAGUGGAUGCCAUGCCUGACCCCACCCCAUUCCUGCUGGCCAGGGAGUCCGCCGAGGUCCACCUCAUCAAGGAGAGGCCUCUGGUCAUCCCCCCCAUCACCUCCGACCGCGGCCCGAGCGAGCAGCACAGCCCGGCCCGCGAGAAGCCACACAAGGCUCACGUGGGGGUGGCCCACCGCAUCCACCACACCGCCCCGCCACAGACCCAGCCCGAGGUGGAGACACUGGCGGUUGACCAGGUGAAUGGAGGGAAAGCCGUGAGGAAGCACUCAGGGACGGACAGAACUGUGUGAAGCCUGCCCUAGGCGGCCCUUCACCCUCGGCUGUCGAUGCACUGUGAUCACUACUAGGAAAAACUCAUCCUUUUUUUUUUUUUUUUAAAUCCCAUGCAUGCCAAAUUUUUUUCAGACCUGUCAACAGAUUAUUCUUCUCCUGCUCCUCUUGCCCUCUUACUGACACCAAAAUACGAUCGUGUCCCUGCUGCAGAAUACGUAUUUACUAAUCGCUGUGGCCAAACACCUGUGUGCCGAAUCGCUUGCUUCUAAUCCCACUCCGUGUAACCUCCGUGUGCUCGUGGACAGAGCACAGGCCCCAGGCUGCAUCACUGCUCGACGUUAAUGAAAUCAGACAGUCACACGCCUCACUAUACAGCCAGAGCAAUACACGCCGACCGACCUUGACCCUCGCUCCAGUUUCCAGGGCAGCCCGUCUGGAGCAGCCCCUGCUCCCUCCAGGAGACCCUGUCACCUCCCGACAAGCCUUUCCCAGGGCGGCACAGAGAGCCAAGAAGCUGUAUAUGUAUAUCACGGGAACAAAAUAUGAUGUUACUUCUCAUAUCACCACAACCUGAAUGUGUGUUCAUAUUUUUUGUUUUAUCCAAAGUGUUCAAGAUCCCAACAAACUUUAUUUUCUAAACCUG